UCAAUUUUACACCAUUUCCAUAUGAAAAUAGGUGUAGUUAAUUUUAACCAAAUUGAAGUGUAGUUCAGCACUAUUGAGAUUAAACCACAACCAUGCAAAUCGCGCUUGCACCGCAAAGAGUUAAAUUUCUCAAAACAGAGUGCAACAACACCAUACAUAUAAGAUUUCACUUACCAUGGAGUGCAUUCAACGACAAGCGUAAGCAUUUAUGGCAGGUUUGUUAUUUUGUUGCCAGUCCAAUUAUUAAUAGCGUGCCGUGAGAGUUAAUCACUUACAGAAUUUUUUACUCUUAUGCUUAUACCAAUUAAAGAAUUAUCUUACCUAUUGAUUACUCUGCAUAUAGUGUGUGAAUAUGUUUGUUAAAAUCGAGUUUAACAACAAUUUGAAGUGGAUUUCCGUUAACGUAGACGAGGCAACAUAUCAAACUUUUAUUUUGCAAGCUAUGCAAAAGUUCAAUAUCAAUGAUGUGGAUCCGAAUGAUGUGAUACUGUGUGACACAUCUGGAUGCCAGAUUGAAAACGAUGAUUUUGUCGAUUUCUUAAAAGGAGUAGAAAAGGGUUUUAUAUUUCGCAUUGUAAAUACUCGAAUAAAUACUGGUGCUGAUGCCAAUCCCUCUGCUCCAAGUAUUUCCAGUUCCAGCUCGACGAUUUCAGAGUCGACUACAAUAACUUUGAGUAGUGAAGAUAUAGUUACUAUCAACGAUUUGCAAGGAUUUAUUGUACCAACCUCGGUACCAAGUAGUUUUGAUAAAGAGGCCUUGCAAAACUUAUUAAUUCGCGUAGGAGCUACACAGAUUAUCACAGAAUAUGAAACAAAGAAACUUUUAACAAGAGGAAACCGAAGAUUGUUAGUGAACGUGAUUGUGUUAGAUAUGAUAGAAAAAUACGGCCAACAACCUUUAAAAUAUAUAAAGACUAUGUAUGCUAAAGCUAUUAUCGACCUCUUCCCGAAUUUGAGAGAUCCAUGCAGCAAAUAUGGCUAUGAAGCAUUUUAUAACCCCGACGAGCGAUCUGGGUACAUAGAUUGGCGUUUGAGAACUGUCAGAAGAUCUUCAAAAGAAAACAGGCCAGAAAUACCACAGAAAAAACCAAAACUGAAUGUUGAAGAGAUAAACCUUGAUAAUUUCCAAGAGGACAUUGACUAUUUAAAACACACCCAUCCUAAAGAUCCGGACCUAAUAGAGAAGUUCAAAGCGACAUUUUUGGCUAGACGAAAACUUUGCAACGAGACUAACAUCUUUCAAGAAUUUCCUAGGUUUUUAGACACUCCUGGACUGAUAUCUUUGGAUUUUGGAUUGCUGUAUCCCAACAAUGACUGCAUUAAUCUGGAGUUGCAAAUUUUGAAUAUAUCGGAAAAAGUUAAAAAUAUUUAUUGCAAUGAGAUAAACUCCGACAAUGAAUACCUAAAUCAAUUUGACGUCACAACUAAAACUUUGUUUAUGUUGAUCAAGUUGUUGCCAGCUACAUCCAAGGGACGCAAAAAGGCGGUGAACAGGGAAUCACUGCCAGAAAUUAGUAAAAGGCUUAUUGUAUUUAAAAAGAACAGUGAAUCACUCGAGGAAAUAAUUACUGCCAAAAAAACUAAUCAACCUUUUUUAAUCGCUUCUGGAUCUUCAGAGAAAGCGGUAGAUUACUACACUAUAUCGGUAGAUAAUAAGGUACUUGCGGUGGAAAGCAUUACUAAUUCUGGGCAAGCUUUUGACCUCCUUUUUAAAUCGUUUUUCGUUUUUAAUUUAACUUAUGACCCUACACUAGAAAUUUUCUAUAAAUUCAUUCAAGUGUUUUUUUACGGUAUAGACGAUAUUAAAAUCACGCCCAAUAUUAGAGAAUUGCGAUCAAAACUAUUAGCGCAAUAAUAAAUCUCGCCUUAUAAGCAAAUGCUAGUUUAUUUGAUUUUUGAUUUACUUAUUCCAGUACAAUGCUGGUUUGUUUUAAAUGUGCCAGUAAUUUUGAAUCUUUUCAAUUAUUGUCAAAGCAUUUAAGAAAACAACACUGUCUCUAUGAAAAUUUAACAAAUUUUGAACUGAUUUGCACUAAGUGCAAAUUAAAGUUCUAUACCUACUGCGGUUAUAAACGUCACACUCUUAAUUGUGUUGUAAGUUCUGAUAAUUUGACAGAAGUUUUCGAUACUGUAACCCAAGUUAAUGAUAAUGUACAAGUUCCUCUUGUACUACCUGCCGGAGUUGAACAACUGCAAGAUGAUAUACAUACUGCUAAAUGUGAAACUAAUAGUAACGUUACUGAAAUAUUUGACAAUACUGCAUCGAACUUUGAUUUUAAAGAAUAUUUGUUGGCAUAUACUACAAAGUUACACUCUUUGGGGAUUCCAGAAACAACCAUACAGAUUAUUUUUCAAUCCACACAAUUUUUAAUUGAAAAUGUUGUUGAUAAUAUUAUUGGAGAAACCAACGCUUAUUCAAACAGUAACAACUCUUUACAAUUAUUAGAUAAUUUACAAAACCGAAGUGCAGCAAUAAAGAAAGACAUUGAAUUGUUAAAUACUUCUUACAAACGUAACAAAUUAAUUCAUAAAUCAUUAGUCUUACCCAAACAAGUUACAAUAGGCAUACGUAGAGAUCAAGUAUUUGAUAAAUCUAGUCAGCAGUAUAUUGAGAAAAAUGUAACCAGUACAUUUUCUUAUGUACCUAUUCUAUCAACGUUAACAUCUCUUUUAACUUGUGAGCAAUAUUUUAAUUUAUUUGAACAACACUCUACUAAUUUAACGAGUAACGACGUGUACAUAAAUGAUAUUAAAGACGGUGUUUACAUUAAAAAUCAUAAUUUUUUUAAAAACCCUUGUAAUCUCAGAAUAAUACUAUAUUAUGACGAUUUCGAAACAACGAAUCCUCUGGGCAGUAAAACUGGAGCUCAUAAAAUUGGGGCUUUUUACUUCAGCAUAACCAACAUACCAAGUUAUUUAAAUUCUCAGCUAUCUCACAUACAUCUUCUUGCAUUGUGUUAUUCAUCAGACAUUAAGCAGUUUGGAAUAAAUGCUAUUUUAGAACCUAUUGUCAACGAUAUUAAAGUUUUAGAAACUCAAGGUAUUUUUAUCGAACCUCAGAAUAAAACAAUUUUUGGCUCGGUUGUUGCUUUAUCACACGAUAAUCUAGGUGGUAAUGUAUUAUUGGGAAUGGUUGAGAGCUUUUCAGCCAACAAUUUUUGCCGAAUUUGUACUGCUGAUAAAAAGACUUGCCAAUCAUUAACACGAGAAGAUGUUUCUUUACUACGGAACAUGAAUAAUUAUGAGCUUCAUUGUAAUCAAGCUAAAGAUGAAAAGCAAGUACUUGGCGUUAAAUGUCGUAGUGGGUUAUGUGACUUAAAAUAUUUUAAUAUUUUUGAUUCUGCUUCAGUGGAUCCAAUGCACGAUAUCCUAGAAGGCAUUGCUCCUUACGAAAUUAAAAUAUUCUUAAAGCUAUUGGUUGAUAAAAAACUAGCAACUAUACGUGAUAUUAAUUCGAGGUUACAAGCAUUUCCCUUUGGUAAAACAGAUAGGAAUAAUAAACCAAGUCCAAUAAUAUUAGAUAAACCAGGGCAUUUAAUUGGACAACGAGCUGCCCAAACGUGGUGCUUAAUCAGAUUUAUUCCAAUAAUAUUAGAAGAUCUAUUAGAUGACGAUUUAAAAGCAAAAUUUUAUUUAAUUUCUUCCAUAAUAUCAAUAACACAAAUUGCUCUUUCACCACGCAUAACUAAACUAGAACUAGAAAAGCUAGAACGCCUUAUUGAAAAUCAUCUUAAAUUCUUUGAUAAUAACUUUGAUGAACGCAGACUACCCAAACAUCAUAUGCUUCUUCAUUACUGUCGGAUUAUGAAAUCAUUAGGUCCAUUAGUUAAUCUAUGGACUAUGAGAUUUGAGGCGAAACAUGGAUAUUUCAAAAAUUUGGUACCCAAACUAAAAAAUUUUACGGCUAUUUGCAAUACGUUGUCACAUAAGCAUCAAAUAAAUAUGAGCCAUCAGUGGAAUAAUAAAAUUAUGGAACCCCAUAUGGAGUACGGGCCUAUGAUAAACAUUCUUGUUCAAAGCACAAUUUAUAAAUCGUUGUUUCCUAACCAAA